AUGGAGGAUGAAAUCAGACUGCGGCAGUUGGAAAGGAGUUUAAAGUUGAGGGUCAAAACAGGAUGCGACACUUGCCGAAAGCGACGCAUAAAAUGCGAUGAAGCAAAACCAUCAUGUUACAGGUGCACAAGAGCCAAUCGAACAUGUGGUGGUUACAGAGACACCUCGCCACAAGAUUCCACGUCUCCAGCCACCGCAGCCGCGUACCGCAAUUCUUCUUUCCUCGCUAUUCCUCAGCGCCAACAACAACAACAGCAAUCGCGCCGCCAGUCGACUAUCUCCAGAAGCCCCUCAACAAGUCUCAGCCCAGAACCUCUCGAGAAUCGCUCAUUCCACUACUUCCAAACCUACACCCUACCACGCUGGACCGAGUUCUUUGACUCUCGCCUAUGGUGUCAGACAGUGCUUCAGUUGACCCAUGAGGAACCUGCUGUGAAACAUGGAAUCCUGGCGCUGAGCUGUUUACAUGAGAGGCUUGAGAGUGGUGGAGCCACCGCCACCAGUUCGCCAACUGCUGAUGGUAGUAUACCCCGUGAUGCAGCGCUCGUACAGUACAUACGCGCAGUGCGGUAUUCAAACGAACUCCUUUCUUCGUUUCAAGAGGAUGGAAAUGGUCAUGGUCAUGGUAAGAAUGGGUUUGUCAUCGAGAAGACAUUGAUACUUUGUAUCAUUUUUACCUGUUUCGAGAAUCUAUCUGGAAACUAUAGGGCGGCUAAUAUGCAUCUCCGCAACGGCCUUCGUAUCCUUCACCAAUACUGUCUACCUUCCCCCUCUGGUUCAUCCGACUCAUCAACAACAAGUCAAACCUCCAUUCAAUAUGCGAUCGCCAAGGUCCUCCACCGCUUCGACUUUCAAACCAUGAUUUUUUCCGAUGACACGUCCCCAUAUGAAUGGUGGUUGGAUACCGCACCAGAGAUUCCGGCCAUCUCGUCACCGGAAGACGGUUACCAGAACAAUGAGGCGGCAAGAGACGAUCUAGUUGAGUUGAGUCGGUGUUUGCUAUGGACUUCGGGGAAUCUAGAUAAGGAACCAAGGGUCACGGGGAACAAGGAAUUUAGGAAGAUGUAUGAAGGGGCGAUAAGAGCAUUGGUGGUGUGGCAGCAUAAAUUUGGGCUUUUUGACAGGAAGAGCAGGAAAGGCACCGAAAGAGAUACAGGAGGGAAAAAGGAGGGCGAAGAGAAAGCGACGGAUGGCGGGACUUUACUCCGGAUCUACGCUAUCAUGAUGCGGGCGAUCGUUGCAGCAGGAGCAGGUCUCACGAGUGAGAUGGUGUGGGAUGCCUACAUCGGGGACUUCAGGGAGGCUGUUGAGCUCGCGGAGACGUUGCCUAUGCUUCAGCCUCAACCUCAACCACCUGCAUUGCCAUCGCCGCCAGCAUCACCGCCCUUACCCCACCUGACGAUAACCUUCCAUUCCGACACCGCCUACCCAGUCUCCAACCAUACUUCCUACCCCCACUCCUUCACAUCCCGUCUUGCACCUCAGAUAAUCUCUCCAUCCUUCGAACUCUCCCCCAUGGUGCCCCUCUUUCUCAUCGCAACUCGCUGCCGCGAUCCGCUCGUCCGUCGGCGCGCCUUAGCUCUCCUGCUCAACUACCGGCGGCGCGAGGGUGUUUGGGAUUCACUGGCUGCGGGCAUGAUUGCUGCCCAGGUGGUGAAACAAGAAGAAGGAAUACUAGAUGCGGAGUUGAGCGAGGGAAAUUGGCUGAGUAUGGGAAGGGUGGAGAAAGCGGACGACAUAACAGAGGAAAGGAGGUUAGGAAAUCUUCUUGUGAGAGCAGAGAUGAAGGAUGGCGGUGCUGGGACUAUUCAAAUGAGGAAUGAUAUGGGCAAUAAAGAGAAGUUGAAGGCUGAGAGGAUAUAUUUAGGUAGAGGGGAAGCUAUAUAUGGAGGGGAUAUUUUGUGUCAGUAA